ACCAGGAGCCAGAGCUCGCGGACUAUCUGCGACGCCGCGAGGCCUACGGACAGGGUGGCUCCGUAGGAACUAGCCCGGGCGGGUACGACGGUUAUUUAAUUGGAAGUUCAAAAGAACAAAUGUUCAUUUCGCAUCAGAUACUAAGACUCCGGGGUCUCGGGGCCCCCUGUAAAAUCCUUUCUCUGGAGCAAUCGGUUCUCGACGGUUGUAUCUGUGCCUAUAAUAUAGCCCUUAUUGCUGCUUCAUGUGCUGGAGUAAAGCACAGUGAUGAGGCUAAAGCCAAAAUAUCUGAUGCGAAGAAGGGAAAGAGCCACUCUGAAGAACAUAAAGCCAAUAUAAGUGCUGCUGGGAAGGGGAAGAGCCACUCCGAGGAGACUAAGGCAAAGAUGAGUGCUAGCCAUAAGGGGCAGAAGCACUCUGCUGAAACGAAGGCAAAAUUGUCUGCUGCGAAGACGGGCCGUGAGCUCCCCGAGGGACACAAGGCCAAAAUCUCUAAUCAAGGAAAACCGGUCUAUCUUUAUAUUGUAAAACCACGUGCUUUAGAAUUAAAUGCAACCUUUCGUAAUAGGGAGAGGGCCAGCGAAUCAUUGGGGAUUAAUCGAACGACUCUCUAUAGAUACAUUAAAAAUCGUACGCUAUUCAAAUUUAACGGAGUUUCCCACGUGUUACCCUACUGGUUUAAACCACGUGUUCUCGUCCCUGAUGCUACAAGCUCCCUGGUGCUUUCUCUGGAGCAAUCGAUUCUUGACGGCUGUGUUUGCGCCUAUAAUAUAAGUCCCACUGCGGGAUCUCCAGCCGGAGUAAGCCGCUCAGAUGAAACGAAGGCCAAAACCUCUGCUUCUCUGCAGGGGCAUAAACACUCCGAUGAGACGAAGGCGAAGAUGUCUGCUAGCCGGAAGGGGCGGCCCUCACCUAUGAAGGGGCGGAAGCUCUCCGAGGAAACAAAAGCGAAGAUGUCUGCUUCAUCUUAUAAUAAGGGCAAAGCGGUCUACUUGUACCUGGUAAAUACCCGCGGGUUUGAGUUAGCGGGUAGCUUCCCUAACAUUACGAGAUGCAGUGAAACAUUAGGGGCCCUCCUCAAAUAUGGUUUAAACAGCUUCGUCUUGAUUAUUUUCUUCGUCCCCGACGCCACGAGCUCGUUGGUGCUUGCUCUAGAACAAUCGAUCCUUGACGGAUGCGUAUGCGCUUAUAAUAUCUUGCCGACCGCAGGCUCGUCUGCUGGAGCAAGGCACAGUGACGAAACGAAGGCCAAGAUGUCUGCUGUUAAGAGGGACAUAAGCACUCGGAAGAAACUAAGGCAAAACUGA